UUUUAAUGCACCAACCCUCCCUUUCUCUGCUCAGUAAGGACCAGUCCAAAGGCAGUUCCUGCUUAGGUAAUUUGCUUAAUUGGUCUCAAAUGCUGCUGCAGUAUGGCAGGAACACCUGCAGCCUCCCCAGCCUGGGUUUGAGCCUAUUGCUGUUUCCAGCUAAUUCUAAACACUAAGUCUUCAAUACUGUUGGUUUCAUUGAAGUAACCCACUUCUGUUUUAUUCACCCCUUUAAAUCAGCUUUAUAAUUAAACCCACUUAAACUGUUUACUUAACAGCAGGUUGUUAAUGCAGUUAACUCUUGCUUCAAGAACUUCAGAAGCUGUAAGGGUUUUUCUCUUUGUAGCAAUAUGCUGUGUUAGCAAGGGAAAAUCAAAGAACACCCACUGCUAUUGAGAAAUUUAAUGUUGUAUUAAUAGCAUUUAUUCCCCUGUGUUAACGCAAAGAAGUUUUCUGUAUUACUUAGUAUUACAGAAGUGGAUGGUCUGGUUGACAUUUGGGAAAAAAGAAAAAAUCAAGAGUGUAAACACUCCUGAUUCACAGUUCCACCUUUUGGGAUGUGUUCCAGCACUGCAGUGUUUUGUGAGCUAAUAGUUCAAAACUCGAGGGAGAGAAGUGUUUAAGAAGUAAUAUUUUAUUCUUGCAGUGAAAAAAUGACUUCUUCAUACCAAAUCCGUGUUACUGUAAAUUUUGAAAAAUCACCUGUGAUUAUUUAUUUUGAGAGAGGGGAGUUCAUUGGAAGAAGGCUUUAAAAGCAAAAUAGUGCUUGGGAGGAGAGAGAGGAAGAAUACUUUCACAUAUUAAAGUAACUUCAAAAGUGAUUUCUAUUUUAUUUCUCCCCAAAUAUAUGAGCAGGUUCUGAUGUUCUUUACUCAGUAUUUCUGCAUAGCAGGAUCCCCUGUGCAGCAGGAAUUCAGGCUCACUUGGAGAAGUAACUUUGCUUGGGUUUUGGAAAAGGAUUCCUAAUAUUAGAAUCCAAAAGAUUUGUACAAAAUGCAGUUGCAUUUUCCAUUCAGGCUCAAUGUGAGAAGCUGAAAAAUAGGGAGGAAAUCUGCAUUUAUCAGUGAAGUGUAGGUGGCACAGAAUGUCUGCUGUUGAUUUUGAGAAGCCUGUGAGUUUUUUGAGCUGAAGUGUUUGAUGACUUAAGACAGAACUAUUGCUUUGUAUUCUGAGUCAGGAGGCCAAGCAGGUAAAGGGGGAGUGAGAAGUGGUGGGAGGUGAGGGGAAGCAGAGAAUCUCUCACAUAUCAUAACUCUUCUUUUUUAAAAUAAACUGUCUUUAAAGUGACCUUACAAUCUAAGAAGCUAAUAAACUCAGAAACAUUUAAAUCCCACGGGUCACCCAUUAUUUAUUACCAAAUUGUAUCUUCUCUGUGAUUAAAAAUCAUAAAGUUACAUUAAAUGUGUAUUUAAAGACACUUACUUGGAAAUUGUUUACUGCAUGCAUGAAAUGAUACUUGGUACAGCUUUCAGUAUGCACACUUAGCUAAACUUCAAACAAAUAUCAUGUAAGAGCUUAAGAAAGCCUGUUUGUAUAAUCUGUAAUUUUAAUUUGUUAAUUCCAUGUAUUUAACUGCAUUUUUUCACUAUUUUUGUCUUACCUUCACCUCUUUUUUUUUUUCUGUGUCAUUCUCCUCUUUUACUUCAUCUGAAUCCCUGAUUUUAUUUUAUUUUACCAUCUUCCCAUCUUGCUGUUUGUCCAACAGAACAACAAAACCUGCUCCUCAUCUCGAUGGUGUCCACGUUGUCUUUGGACUGGUUAUUUCUGGGUUUGAAGUCAUAGAACAAAUAGAAAACCUCAAAACUGAUACUGCAAGCAGGCCCUACGCAGACGUCCGAGUUAUUGACUGUGGGGUGCUGGUUACCAGAUCAGCUAAGGAUGCUUUGGAGAAGAAGAAGAAAGUCUGUUCUGACUCAGAAGCCUCUGAGUCCUCCUCCAGUGCAUCCAGCUCUUCAGUAUCCUCAUCUGAGAGUGAGGCUGAGAAUGAAAGGAGCAGGAGGAGAAAGCGGAAAAGAAGAGCUAAAACCAAACAGUCCAGGAAACGAAGGAAGGAGGAGAGGAAGAAAGAGGAUCCAAGGUGCAAGCGAACCUCAAGCCAAAGACGCAGCCUUUCUGACAAGAGCGAUGUCACAGACAAAGUCGACCUUAGCACAAAGAGGGACAAGCCCGUGGUACGUCCUGAAGAAAUCCCCCCAGUGCCUGAAAAUAGAUUUUUGCUCAGAAGAGAUGUGCCUGUUGUCAAUGUAGAGCCUGAACCGAAGCUUCUUGAUGCUGCGCCAGUUCUGACUGACCAGAAACCAUCAGUCUCUAAAUCUGGACGAAAAAUUAAAGGAAGAGGCACAAUACGCUAUCACACCCCACCGCGAUCCCGCUCCUGCUCCGAGUCCGACGAUGAGGAGAGCAGCGAGACCCCUCCGCACUGGAAGGAGGAGAUGCAGAGACUGCGCACGUACCGAGCGCCCAGCGGGGAGAAGUGGAGCAAAGGGGACAAGUUGAGUGAUCCCUGUACAAGCAGAUGGGAUGAGAGAAGUGCAUCCCGGAGAUCCAGGUCUUGGUCACAUAACGGUUAUGCUGAUCUGAGCACUGUGAGAUACUCCAGUCAUCACAAGAAGCACAGGAAAGAGAAGAAGAAGGUGAAGCAUAAAAAGAAAUCUAAAAAGCAGAAGCAUUUCAAAAAGCACAAGCAAACGAAGAAAAAGAAAACGUCCGCCUCUUCAGAUGUAGAAUCCUCUCAUUCCUUCCACAGGAGGACAAAAUCAUCUUGUGAUCGUGAGAGGAAAUCCCGUUCUUCCUCAUUGUCUUCCAGACGUUCAUCCAGGAGAGACUGGUCUAAAUCUGAUAAGGAAGACCAGACCUCGUCGUCUUUAUCAAGCAGAGGGUCUCGCUCGUACUACAGGUCCAGAUCCAGGUCAAGAUCUAAAUCAAGAUCUUACUCCAGAAGAAGUUCUAGAUCAAGAUCAGCCUCUAAAUCAUUGCGUUCUCGAAGUAGAUCACGGUCAAGUUCUAAUCCCAGGCAGCAAAAAACUGUUCCCAAUUCUCCACGAACUGUUUCAGCACGGUUAAAUGACACUAAGUUGACCAAGACUGCUGAGCCUGUCCGAGCAGUGAUACUGCCCAGUGACAAAGUUAUUGUGCCACCAGUUGUCCCAGAAAACCUCCCUGUGAUACCCUUAAGUGACAGUCCCCCACCUUCGAGGUGGAAACCUGGGCAGAAACCUUGGAAGCCAUCAUAUGAGCGAAUUCAGGAGAUGAAAGCUAAAACAACACACUUAAUUCCCACCCAAACUAAUUACAGUUUAGUGGUCGUCAAGGAGGCCAACACUUCUUCUUCCUAUCGCAAGCAGGAGAGGAGCUCUGAGAGCGAUCGGAGCGGUUAUUCCAAAGGCCGCAGUGACAGGAGCUCGGAGAGCUGGCCGAGGUCAAGGAGCAGGUCCUCUCGGAGCCGGUCAUACUCAAGAUCUUACACAAGGUCUAGAAGUCCAUCGAGCUCUAGGACAAAAUCUCCUUCUUCUGGCAGGUCACCGUCCCCGAGUAAAUACCGCAGUGACAGGUCAGGGUACAGCGAGUCCACGUCCGACUAUUCCCUCAGCGAUGAGGACAGGCAUAGGAACAAAAGGAAAUCCACAGCCAGCGAUCCCAAAGCUCGGGGCCUCAAACUGAGGCAGGAAACGAGCUCUGAAAGCACUUUGCCUUACAAGCAUCCAAAGGACUACGACGAGUCUUCCCAAGGAUUGAAGGAGAGUGACAGUUUGUCAUCCUCAGACUUCUCCUCCGACAGCGAACGCUCUGCCAAAGCCAAAGCGGCCCAAGAAAAAGAAGGCCGUUUUCCAUUAGAAGGGGAUGCUGAGAAACAAGAUAAAAAUAGCUUAAGUUCUGAGAGAGGGGAGGAAAAAGCCAAGAGUGAGCGGGUUUCUGAUCACUCUAAAAAGAAAGCAGCCAAGGAGAAAUGCUCGGAGCAACCCAGAGGUGGUGCAAAAACAAAACGCAAAUCCUACUCAGGUAGCAAAUGGGACUCAGAGUCAAAUUCCGAAAGAGGAGAGGCAAGGCAUAAUAGGGGGGAUUCCAGACCCUCCUCUGGUAAAGAAGAAGGAGAGGCCACCUCAGGAUCUGACACAGAGCUUAGUGUUACCAAAAGGAUAAAAAAACAAUCCAAUUCCUCAGAGGGCUUUUUGGGUUCUGACUGUGCGUGGAAGACAAGCAAACAGUUGUCGUCUUCUGAAUCCGAGAGUUCUUGUUCCAGCUCAGCAGACACUCGAGGCAAGUCAAAAAAACACAAACAUGGCUUGAAAAAGACCCCUAAAAAAUCACAUUCCAAAAAAGCCAAAGAAAAAUCGAAAGGCAAAAAGGAGAAAAAACACAAAGUCCAGAAAAGAAAAGAAAUGUUUCAUUGGCAGCCCCCGCUUGAGUUCGGGGAAGAAGAGGACGAUGAGAUAAGUGAAAAGCCGGUUACCAAGGAUGAUAAAAAAGAAAAGCAGCUUAGCAGGGACAUAAAGGAUAAAAAACAAGUUUAUGAAAAGGAUGAAAUAGUCGCAGAUAAAAUGGGAAAUGGUGAAAAGUCAUGUGUGAAUGAAAACCUUUUAGAUAAAAACACCACGUGUGGGGCCUCGCCAGAUCGCAGCAACCUUAAUAAAGAGCCCAUUGAAACGAGCACUUCAGCUGGUAUGUUAAACUCAGGAAUAAACGUGGCUGCCUGCAAGAGUGAGAUUAAACAAGCUGAAGAAAAUAAUCAGAAUGGGCUGGAAGAUGUUAUUCAGACAGAUGACAACAUGGAGAUUUGUACUCCGGAUCGUAACUCGCCAGGGAAGGUGGAUGUGGACGUUUUGUCUCCUGUCAUUCUCACUGCUAAACCUUUAAGUGCUGGUAUAAAAAAGGAGUUACAGGUUGAGACCCCUGAGAAAGAUCCUGUCAAACUGGGAAACAACAUUAGAGACUUUAUUAAUAUUAAAGAAGAAAAAGAAACGGGAAGGCAAGAAGAUAACUCUGUCCCUGUGUCUGGUGCUAAAGACUGUAGUUUAAAAAGUGAAAUUACUGAAAAUACACAAAGCAAUAUGAUAGACAAUAAAUGGAAGCCUUUGCAAGGUGUUGGUAACUUACAACCAGCAACAAUUAGUAUGACCACAGAGGUUAAAAGUGUAGCAUCAGCACCAGAGCCUAAACCAGCAGGUUUAAGAAUUGAAAUAAAAGCAAAGAAUAAAGUAAGGCCUGGGUCCCUUUUUGAUGAAGUGAGGAAAACAGCCCGGCUAAAUCGGCGGCCAAGGAACCAGGAAAGUUCCAGUGAGGAGGAAUCUCCAAGCAGAGAUGACAACAGCGCUUCCAGGAGUCUCAGCAGGUCACGAAGUAAAUCUGAGUCUAAAUCCAGACACAGAACAAGGUCCAUAUCCUACAGUCACUCAAGAAGUCGAUCCCGAAGUUCUACAUAUUCAUAUAGAUCCAGGAGCUACUCCAGGAGCCGAAGCCGGGGCUGGUACAGCAGAGAUCGCUCCAGAAGCCGGAGUAGUUCCUACCACAGUUACAAGAGUCGUAGUCGGAGCUAUAGCAGGAGUCGAUCCAGGAGCAGUUCCUAUGGUCACCACAGUCGAUCCAGCAGGUCCUACAGCUAUGACAGUUACUACAGCAGGAGUCGGAGCAGGAGCAAGAGGAGCGACAGCUACCGGAGAUCUCGGAGUUACGACCGGAGAUCCAGGUCCUACGGCUCCGACAGCGACAGCGAUCGCAGCUACUCUAACAACAGGAGCCCCAGUGAGAGCAGCAGAUACAGCUGAGAAUGUUCCUUUGAGGAUGGAAACUGUAUUCCAGAAUUUUUUCAGUGUUAUAUUCAAAAAAACUGUUCUGACAGUGUCACAAGUGAAGGUUGUUUGCUGAUUUCGCUGAAACUUUCCCGUUUAACAGUGAACUCAACUCUCUUGCCUACAGAGAGAAGGACUGAGCUCAACAGCUGAUAUUAUUUUUUAUUUUUUUUAUGACAAAUGCAACUUUUACAGAAUAAUAAUAAAAAAAACCCAGUUGGAUUUCCUUGAAUCAGCUUUUCCAAGCCAUGAAUAACACUUAGGUGAAUUGCUGGCACCACUUUUUGGGUGCAGCAGUCAGGACUGUCUUCAAGUCUGUUUAUAAACACCUUAGAAAAGAUAUGUUAGCAACUAUUAAACUGUGAAGUCAAUUUCUUAUAAAGGCUGCCAUUUCUAGUUGAUGAAAAUGCUUUUUUACUGCUGGAAGCUGUUUCCAUGCUGUCUUGAUUGUUGAUUAUUGCAUUCUAUACAGGAUAUAGGCGAGGAAAAACAAAGCCUGCCACUCUGUCUUAAUCCCUCCUGAACUGUGAUGUUCCGGAAUUCUGCUGGAAAAGGUGAGAUGAUGCACAGUGGGAAUUGUCAAACUGACAAGCAGUGAGCAAAAGUGUGAUGAAUGAGUUUGGAGCUGAAUAUCCAACUUGUCUAAACUUUUUAUGUUUAAAAGAUGAAUUUUGUGAUAAACAGCAAUGUCCUUCAGAGACUAAAGAAGUGUUUCUGAACACUUCCUGACUUUGAUUUCAGUUCCUAUUUCAGUGCUUGGCAUCCUCCAGCACAUUUGGAACGUUGUAAACCAUGAGUGUGUCAUGAGUUUAUCCAAAGCACUCUUUAAAAGCUGACAUGAUGGUAAGUUUUUGAGAAAACCAGCCAGAAAGGUUCCUUUAUAAAACGUCUGUAGCUGUAUCCCACUCACCAUAGGGAAUACCAGAUACUGAUACUGCAGAUACUGAACUAUAUCUUGUUAAAGUAGGACUACAGAAAUACUGGGAUGCCUCCUGAAAAGCAUGGACAAUACUUUCCAAGUAAAGUUUAAUACCAAAAACGACUCUUAUGUUACAGGUAAAUGGUUUGCAAAAAAAUAAAUAGAUUCAAGCUGAAGACCAUUGAGUAAUUCUUGCGAUAUUCUGAUUGAGUUGAUUUAAAAUAAUUUGUAAAGUUUUUUUGGGGGGGUUUAGAAAGUUGGGUACUGAGGACCAGAAUUUUUAAUGGCAUAAUAUAACCUGGAACUUGGGGUCUGUAGAGACAAAACAAAUGAGGUUUGAUUAGAGCUAACGAGCACUGUUGUACCAUAACAGUUUCCAUUACUGAUUUUCUGUAAUAUCUGGAGAUGCUUUCAUUUUCUCGUUUUCAAAUGUUGGAAAUUAUUUUUCUUAAUCUCAUCAGGAUCCAGUAGCUUUGAAAUUUAAAAGUGGUAAUUUCUUGCUUAGGCAUCAAUUCGUUCUCUCUUUGAUUGAAUUAAGCUCUCCCAAGUUAGAUGAUUUUUUGGUACACUUGUGAAACAUGGAAAGCAAGUUCAAAGGGAGAUGGUGAUGAUUCCUCCAUUUCUGUCCACCCACAGCACGUUCCUGAAACUGAAUUGGCCGUGGAGUUUUUCCACUUUUCUAGCAGUACCCAAAACUCUCCUCUUACCCCUUUCCUACACUUAGAGUUUAGUGACAAAGUGUGUGCACGCAACCUUCCUGCCCUUUUGUAAACUUCUGAUGCUUUUUAGGAUUAAAUACAUUUAAUACCCAAGUCAGGAGACACUUACAGACAUAUUUCUAACAGCAGCAGCCAUCUCAGAGUCCUGAACAAAUAUUUCAGUGGUACUUGUUGUAGUUUCAUCAUUUUCAGUACAGUUGUAACUUGUUUUUCCCUUACUAAGAAAAUAGAACUAGAGAGUUCAUGGUGUAACAAAAUCUACAAUUAUAGCCAUUAUAUUCUAUACUUAUUAGUGAAAAUAUUGCUCCAGAAUCAGAUUUUUAUUGUGGUUUCAGAUGUGGUUUGACUCUUUAAGGCCAGGAAAAGGUAAUAGAAAGAUGGUCAAAUUAAUUAACUGUAGUUAUCAAAAAUUACUGCACUGUCACUAAAGUCUUUCAUAUCUUUAGUCAAAGGUUUAUAAAGAAAUUCCAUCACGUAGAGAAUGGUUGGGAAGGGGUUGAGGGAAGGGUUGGGGGUAUUUUUACUUAGUGAAUUCUGUUAAAUUGUGCUUCAGAUAGAAAAUGUCCCCCUGAGCUGGUUUUCUAACGCUGCUCUAUGUUUUUGCAAUUUUGUUAUUCCAAAGUAGUUGCUGUUUGUAAAAUAAACUUUUGUACAUAUCUGCAAA